CCUUGAUGCAAGAUUAGGAGGAGGAGGAGGAGUAGAAUCAUAUCAAUUUCUUGCAAACCAUAAUGAGUAUCACUUUUAUCUCGCUCAGUUUGCUCCUUCGCGUCGCCAGGUACGCGUCAGGGAAGGCCCAGCUCAUUAACCCGGCCAGAAUAAGAAAAAAAAAGACAACCAAAGAAAAAACCAAACCAAAUCAAAGGAGGAAGAAAAGAAAUAAAGAAGAGGGAAAGAUGAAAGAAGAGGCAAAGAGGAAGGAAGAGGAGGCGGGGGAAGAGGAGCAUAUAUUAAGGUUCAAGAGUGACGUUCCUCUCCCUCCCAUCCCGAACAUGAACUUUGCCGCCUUCAUGAUCCAAACUCUAGCCCAGCAUGGAGGGAAGAAGGCACUGAUGGACGCCAGCACGGGGAAGCACCACACCUACAGCGACGUGUGUGCCAUCGUGCCGCGGGUGUGUGCGGGCUUGGUGGAGGCGGGCGUGGGGGCGGGGGAGGCGGUGCUGCUCAUCUCCCCAAACCACAUUGACUUCCUCAUCGCUAACCUCGCCAUCAUGCUGUGCCCCGCCGUGUGUGUGCCCGUCAGCCCUGCCCUGUCCCCUGAGGAGGUGGCCCAUGUGGUUCGUAUGAGUGGAGCGCGGUGGGCAGUGGUGGAGGAGGGGGUGGCGGGGGUGGUGGACCAGCUCCCCUCCCUCCUCCCCCCCGGCACUCUGAAGGGGGUGUGGGUGAUGGGCGCCUCCUCCCAUCACCCCUCUUUCGCCUCCCUCAUGCGGACGGAGGUGCAGAACAACAACAACAACAAGAGUGACAGCUUCGACGCGGGCAGCACCGUAGCCCACAUGCCCUUCUCCUCGGGCACGACAGGGCUACCCAAGGGCGUCAUGUUGAGUCACCGGAGCCUGCUGACCAUCUAUCACCAGAACAAGUACCUCUCGGACUUGUCGGGGGAGGAGGGGCGUGCUCGGCGGAAUACGGUGAUGGCGAGGGUGCUGCUGGUGCUGCCCCUCUACCACAUGUACGGCCUCAUCACUUAUACUACCACGGCCUUGGCGGGGGGCUGCCUGAUAGUGAUGGGGCGCUUCUCCCUGCGCUCCUUCCUCCAGGCUGUGCAGAAGUAUAAGGCUACCUACACCCCCCUGGUCCCCCACCUGGCCAAGCGUCUCGUGGACUCCCCCCUGGUGCAUGAGUUCGACGUCUCCUCGCUGCUGUACCUGGGCAGCGGCUCGGCACCCAUCCCCCCCGCCACUCAGGAAGCUAUCAUGGAGAAGGUCGGGCCGCCCCUGGGUAACGGGUACGGCCUGACGGAGACCUGUGCCCCAGUGGCUUCCUCAAACCCGCGGGUGGGAUUCAAACCUGGUGCAGUGGGCCCCGUGCUGCCCUACGUGGAGCUGAAGGUCGUGGAUUUGGAGACCCGGAAGACACUGGGGGUGGGUGAAGAAGGUGAGGUGUGGGUGCGGGGGCCGGGGCUGAUGCUGGGGUACACUCCCCCGCCCGGCGCCACCCCCGGGCCGCCCCUGGGCCUGGAGGCUGGGGGCUGGCUGGCCACGGGGGACCUGGGGCGGGUGGACGAGGACGGCUUCCUCUUCAUCACGGACAGGAUAAAGGAUCUCAUCAAGGUGAAGGGAUUCCAGGUGUGGCCCGGUGAGCUCGAGGCAGUGCUGCGGGGGGUGGAGGGCGUGGGGGAGGUGGCCGUGUUGGGGGUGCCCUCCCCACGCCUUGGGGAGGCACCCCGGGCGUACGUGGUGCCCUCACUGGGGGGACGCGCCCCCUCCCCACUGGCCCUGGAGGACUAUGUGGCAGCCCGCGUGGCCCCCUUCAAGCGGCUGGCGGGUGGCGUGGAGGUUGUGGAGUCGCUGCCCAAGAGCGCCAUCGGGAAAGUGCUCAAGAGGAGGCUUCGAGAUGACUACCUGAAGAAGAUGAAGAAGGCUGAGGAUGCUGCUGGGGCUACUGGGGCUAUUUCAGAGUUCUAGUAUGCCGUGAGAACUUGUGACUUUAUCAUUUUUUUGUUUUGUUUUGUUUUUGUUGGUUAGUGAGCGCUACUGGUGUUGUUUUCCUUAUUAUUGUUGUUAUGGUUAAUGGUACUAGGCUACUACUACUACUACUACUACUACUACUACUACUACUACUACUACUACUACUACUACUACUACUACUACUACUACUACUACUACUACUACUACUACUAUCAAACCUCCAAAAGUAACAGCCGCAGUAGUAGUAGUAGUAGUAGUAGUAGUAGUAGUAGUAGUAGUAGUAGUAGUUGUUGUAGUAGUAGUAGUAGUAGUAGAAGUAGUAGUAGAGGCACUAAUAUGCUAGUUGCUUAUUUUUUUGUGUUUUUUCUGCCAUCCUUUUUCUUCUUCCUCCUCCUCCUCCUCCUCCUCCUCCUCUUCAUCCUCCUCCUCCUCUGUGGGAUAACUCUUUCUCGGCCUUGAAAUCACCGGAAGCUUGAAAAUGAUGAUGGUGAUGAUGACAAUGAAGAUGAUGAUGAUUGUGAUGAGCAGAGGAAAAGGAAAAAAAUAUAUAGAAGGUGACGAAGAAGAAGAAAAUUAUGAAAAGAGGAAAAGAAAACGAAUAAGAAAAGAAAUCAAGAAAAUAAGAAUAAAAAGAAGAUAAAUAUGGAGAGAAAGAGAGGAGAAAAGGGAACAAGAAGAAAAAGAAGAG